UCAAAAACUUUUCACAACCCAAGCUAGCUAGAGGAGGCCAGGGGGUGUGAAAAAAAAAAAAACAUUAUUAAUGGGAAGCCUCAGUGACCCCUCACUCACAACCUUCAACCCCUUAGACGGGAACUCCCUAAAAUCCCACCUCCAACAAACCGUAGACCUCAUCCUGGACUACUACAAAUCCAUAGAAUCCCUCCCCGUCCUCCCCGACGUCGAACCCGGCUCACCUCUCCCACCACCACUCCCUCCUCCUCCCGCGAACCUCCCCUUCGCUUCCACGCUCGAAACCCUCCGCCGCUCGAUCCUGCCGGGCCUGACCAUGCAGAGCCCGAACUUCUUCGCGUACUUCCCGCGCCACCCUUAGCUCCGCCUCCAUCGCCGGGAACUACUCGCGUCGGCGGUGAACAAUGUGGGGUUCAGGCUGUGGCGUCUCCCGGCGGCGGCGGAGGUGGAGGGGCUGCUGGUGGGCUGGCUGGCAAGAGUGGGCUGCCGGAGGAGUUCAGGGUCGAGGGCGGGGGUGGUGGGGUGAUUCACGGACGGCGAGCGAGAUCCUAUUGUCACGAUCGUUGCGGCGAGGAUGCGCGGUGAGCAGAGGGGAGGCGGGAGGAGGAUGAUGAGCUCGUGGCUUAUGGUUCUGAUCGAGACGCAUUCUACGUUCUACAAGGCAUGCAAAAUCGCCGGGUUCAGUCCAUCCAACAUCCGAUCAAUCCCCACCAGCUCCGACACCGAGUUCUCCCUCAACCCGACCCUCCUCCCGGUCGAUGAGGCCGACGCCGCGGGGCUGGUCCCCACCUACUGUCUGCGCCACCUGGGGACACCCUCCAACGCCGUGGACCCAGUGGGCCCCAUCGCCGACGUGGCGAAAGAAUUCGGGGCCUGGGUCCACGUGGACGCUGCCUACGCGGGCAGCGCCGGAGUCUGCCCGGAGUUCCGGAAGUACUUCAGUGGAUUGGUGAAGGCGGACUCGGUGAGCAUGAGUCCGCACAAGUGGCUUUUGACUUGUCUCGACUGUACCUGUCUUUGGGUCCGAGAUUGGAGGAGGUUGGUUGAGUCGCUUGGGACUGACCCGGAGUAUCUGAAGAAUAAACAGAGCGAGUCGGGUUCGGUUGUGGAUUUCAAAGAUUUACAGAUUGGGUGUGGCCGUCCAUUUCGAGCACUCAAGCUCUUCAUGGUGAUCCAGACCUACGGCAGCGCGUAUCUCCAAGCACACAUCCGAUCCGACGUGGACAUGGCCAGCAAGCAAGUUCCGAGAAGCUUAGCGCGCUCCGACCCCGGUUCGAGGGGUGGCUGGUGGCCCGCAGGCGAUUGCGCCUCAGUCUGCUUUCCCGCAUGGGCUCCAAGCGUGGCCGGACGAUGCCAGAGCGGGAGACCCGACGCGGCGAAACCGCAGGCUGCUGCGGCGGGCGUCAACGCGGCGGGGCUCCGCGUACAGUUAGACCCACACGCUUUGGCGGGAGAAGCUGGUGCAAACGUACACAUUUGUGUUGAUAAAUUAUUGUUUGUGUCUUACCUUCCUGCAAAUGGAAAUAUUGUGAAGAUGGAGAACCAAACUGCAUCUAAAGUGUUAGGAUAUGGACGAUUGGACCUGAAGUUUCCUUUUAAGGAUGUUUCCCCCAUGAAAACUGGAAUGCCUCAAAAUAUCUCUAAUGAAAAUAAUGUAUCUGUCUCAACUUCCAUUCUUGAUCAUAUGGAAAAGAUGAUAAAUAUGGGGAUAUAUAGUUCUAAAUCUGAAUAUGAAAGAUCAAAUGAUUUAGACGAACAUAGAAGGAGUAAGAGAGUUAGGGUCGUCAAAGAUUUUGGAAGUGACUUUGUCACUUACAAUAUUGAUGAGGAUCCUAUUUUCUACAGAUCCUCUAUGACCUUGAAUGAUGCUAAACAGUAA